AUGGGUCUUAUCGAGAAACUGCAAGCCAAACUCGAGAUCUACCGACUUGAACAGCGCUAUGCUCGCCGCAAGCACCGCAGCACAUUUUCCCAAGGCGCCCAGUACGUCGAUGGUGAGUAUGUGUACUCCAACGGCGCAAGCUCGCCCACCAGCACCGUCUCCAAACAAUCCACCGGCAGCUGGCGCCCAUCAGGAUGGGGCAGCCAGGCAUCGCGCUAG